AGUUGAUGAAAUAAAUACUCAUGUUUGGUAAAGGUUAUGGUUGAAUAAUGCUUAAAAUGGACAAAAUUGACAUAUGACAUGUAAUAAAAAAACUUGCGGUGGGCUAUUAUAUCAUCUGAUUUCCAUCAAUGCAUUUCCUUACCAUCCUAAUUCGAAGGAAUUUUGCAGUUAUUUUGCGAAGGCCUAAUUGUUUACUAAAUCAUAACCUGCACAAUUUACUCGUCGAAAUGCCUAAAGAAAAGAAACAUACUCAGGAACUGAAGAAGCAGCGUCAGAAGCUUAAAGAAAAGGGACAGAAAUAUGUUCCUGGAACUGUAUGCUUACAGGUUUUAGGAAGUGGCGCCGAAGGGGCACCUACGUCAUUGUACCUCUUCACGGAUCAGUCGAGGUACCUGUUCAACGUGGGCGAGGGCACGCAGCGCCUGGCGCACGAGCACAAGAUGAAGCUGUCCAAGCUGGAGCACAUCUUCAUCACGACGCCCGUGUGGGAGAACAUCGGGGGCCUGCCCGGCGUGGCGCUCACCAUCCAGGACGUGGGCGUGCCGCAGAUCACCCUGCACGGCCCCCCGGGCACCAACGAGAUAUUUUCUGCCACUCGGAGGUUCGUGAUCUUAAAGGAUCUGUCGGUGCGCAUGGCCCCGUGUUUCGAAGGAGAGUGCUUCGAGGACACGGUGAUGACCGUGCGCUACGUCCCGCUGAGGGACGGCGGGACGGAACAGGCCGGGACGCGGGCCAAUGGCGGCCAGGCCGAGGCCUCGGCGACCUCCUGCUCCUCCGACGAUGACGUCGACUACUACGCGCACGAGCGCAAGCGAAAGAAGCGCCGGAGUCCCAAAGAAGGAAGCGACUCGCCAGGCGGGAAGAGGCUGCGGCCCGAGGUGCCGGCGGGACGCCGCGCCAUGUGCUACGCCUGCCAGCUGAAGCCCAAGCCGGGCGCGCUGUGCCUGGAGAGGUGCGUGGAGAGGGGCGUGCCCCCGGGACCGCUGCUGGGACGCCUCAAGGCCGGCGAGGACGUGCAGCUCCCCGACGGCUCGGUCGUCCGCUCGGCCGACGUGUGCCUGCCCGACGACCCGGGCCCCGUCUUCCUGGUCGUGGACUGCCCCGGCCCGGAGCUCCUGGACUCGCUCGUGUCCAGCCCGGCCCUCGCGAGGCACCAGGCCAGCGCCGCCCGGGCCGAGGACUUCGCGUACCUCGUGGUGCACUUCACCCCGCCCGGCGUCAUGGGGGACCGCAGGUACCAGGAGUGGAUGGAGCGGUUCUCCCCCAGCACGCGCCACCUGGUGCUGAACGCCUCCAACGCCUGCCUGGGCAGCGCGGCCGUGCACCGCAUACAGCACAAGCUGCACCUGCUGCACCCGGGGGUGUUCCCCCUGCUGGGCGACCGCAGCGUCCCGGCCGCGGGGCAGGACCCCGCCUCGCCGCCGCCGCCCGCCGCCGUGCCGCUGGUCCCGGCCCGCACCCUCUGCAGCGUGUGGCUGCGCCCCAAGCGCGGCACGGAGAGGCAGGCCGAGCUGACCUUGGACCCGGAGGGGUUCGUGGCGGAGACGCUCGCCGUGGAGGGCUUCCCCGAGGAGCUGGCCAGGCUGCGGGAGGCGCUCCGGGCGGGGCGUGAGCGGGACCCCGCCCCAGCGCGCCCCUUCCCGCGCCUGCUGUUCCUCGGCACCGGCUCCUGCAUCCCCAACAAGACCCGCAACACCAGCGGCAUCCUGCUGCAGGCCAGCGAGGACUGCAACGUGCUGGUGGACUGCGGCGAGGGCACGCACGGCCAGCUGGUGCGGUUCUACGGGCCGCGCCGUGCGGACGACGCCCUGAGGCGGACGCGCGCCGUGUUCGUGUCGCACCUGCACGCCGACCACCACAUCGGCCUGGUGGGCGUGCUGAAGGGGCGGCGGCGGGCGCUGGCCCGCGCCGGGGACCACCAGGCACGGCCCGUGUACCUGGUGGCGCCGCGCCAGAUCAUGUCCUGGCUCGACUUCUACCACCGCCACUUCGAGCCCGUGCUGGACGACUUCCGGCUGAUCCCCAACGGCGACCUGGUGGAAGGAGCGUCGGGCAGUGAGCCCGUGCUAGCGCGGGCCCUGGAGGAGCUGGGGAUGCGCGCCGUCGCCACAGCGCCCGUCGACCACUGCCCCAACGCCUUCGGGGUGGCGUUCACGCACCGCGACGGCUGGAAGGUCACGUACUCCGGGGACACCCGGCCCUGCCCCACCCUCGAGGAGCUGGGGAGGGGCAGCGACCUGCUGGUGCACGAGGCCACCAUGGAGGACGAGCUGGCAGAGGAGGCGCGGCUCAAGCUGCACUCGACCACGUCGCAGGCGGUGGGGGUCGGCCGGCGCAUGGGCGCGUGCUUCACGCUGCUCACGCACUUCAGCCAGCGCUACGCCAAGCUCCCGCGCUUCGAGCCGGGCCCCGCGGCCGCCGUCGGCAUCGCCUUCGACAACAUGCAGGUGGGGCUGGACGACCUGAGCGUGUUGCCGCUGCUGCUCCCCGCCCUCAAGCUCAUGUUCGCGGAGCACUGCGAGGAGCUGGAGCAGAAGGCGGCGCGGCGCGUCAUGAGGCGCGAGCUGGAGGCCGCCGUCAAGUCCUGACCGGCGCGGCCCGGGAUCUCCCCGGGAGACGUCCGCCGCUCGCCCCGCUGCGACAUCACCCCCGACGUGUGGAAUAAAUUAUACCCUUGGACCAUA